UUCAGUGUUUGCAAAGAGGAAGCACCCUUAUGCCUAUUUCAUGAUGGCUUGGGCAAAGCAUGACAGAUGAAGUAUGUCUUGCUUAUUGGAGUCGAUGUCGGUAUCCCCAUCUUUCAUCACAGAGCGUUGGGACGCGACACCCUGAACGCGACGCGUAUCGUCCACAGUUCAGCACAGAUGACCUCCACCACAUUGCAUUUCGAGUCAACUGUUGCCCUUGACAAGGAGAUUAUCGAUGGAGUUAGCAAACGAGAAACCCGCAAAUGGAGGUGGAAGUGAAUUAUUUACAUACGAACUGGAAAAGUGCGGCGAAGAGCCGACCGCAAACGAGAUGCUCAAGAUAACUAACCGAAUGGACGAUCCGGUUGAAGUCUUGGGCAUACCAGAGCCACAACAGUUGCAAAAGGAGGAUCACAAAUCAUCAAGCCCAUGCGCCCAGAAAGAAGAAAAAUCGGCAGCGUACGAAUCAGAUUUUGAGGAACUAUCUGUAUUGGAAGGUCGCUCGUCCGCCGAAGCAUCAAAAGACGAUGCUGGCAGUAUGGAACAUCAAGAUCAGCCAUUAUGUGUAGAGGAUUUGGAAACGAGUGGGAAUUUUGCAAGAUCCUGGCAGCCAGAACGAGCGUCACGAGUGCCACUACCCGUGCAUCGACCCGAGAUAUGCACAGAAAAAUCAACAUCCAAAACAAGUGCAGGUUUUGUAUCGCAGGUUGGGACAGAGAGUGGAGGGCGGGAGCCAUUACAAGAUGUGAUACGACAGUAUGCUCAACUGGAUCUUAAGCGAGACGAAAUUGCCUUCGCCGAUUGGCUUGCCCGCAAAAAUCGAACUCAAUCUCCCAUCUCGCCACACACCUCUGUCCAUUCCACUGCUUCCAAAUCGUUUCCAUCCUUGGCCCACCAUCAGACUCCUCUCAUUCAACCGAAAAAUCUUAACGAAUCCAUCCAAGACCCAGAAGCCCUCGCUAAGCGCACUGAAAGAAAUCAAAAGGCCGUCUCCGCUUGGGUAGCACGCAAACGUGCCCAAAUGCAGAGUCAAUCCAAACAGGAAGCCGAGAGACGCGCAAAAGCCCUUGCCGAUCUUGCUGAAGAAGAGCAUAAAAAAGAGAUACGUCAGCAACGUAUCCAGCGUGAAGUAGCGCGGUGGGCUCGUGCAAAGGAGGAAAUGGAAGAACGCAUGGGAGAGAAGGCCAUUCGCGAGGAGCGGGAGCGGCAAGAAGAAGAGCAAAAGCGACGAGAGAUGGGUCAGCAAGCAUUUGAGGCAUGGAAGAAGGGGAAAAUGGAGAUGGACAAAAAACGGAGAGCGGAAAUGGAUCAGACAAAGAGGGAAAACAUCCGUCCCGUUUGCACACAUCGGAAUGCGUGGACAGACAUCGUAGCGCUACCAGACCGAGUAAGGCCUUCGGUACCCAGGAAGCAGGGCCAGUCGUCUAGCAUCAUACUUUCCCCACCUCAUCUCUACAACGAUUAUAACCUCUAUGCGGAAAAGGCCCCGAAUUAUCUACGCAAGUACCGAAUCUUAGUGGCCUCAGCAGGAAUGGAUCUGCAUAAAGAUAGAGGUCCCAGUUCAAAGCGAUCUGGUAAGGCAACGGGAGUGAACAAGAAAACUGGGCAUCUGCCAAAUAGUCAGAGAUCGUGCUUUCGUGUGUCAACUAGUGAAGGCCUAUAAGGCAGCAUAGUCAUUGAAUUACAUGUUUUUCCCAAACGC